UAUGGAAUGCACUGUUGUGCUGGUUGUGCGUUGUGCAGUGUGCAUGUAAUGUUUACCACGCACAGUGAAAUGUUACGUUGGGAUUCGAUACAUUUUUUAUGAGUAAAAGAAGUUGCAGCUAAUUCUGUAGAAAAAAUUCGGGAGAUUUUACAAUAAUAUUUAUAAUCGUUGAGAUUUUCAAAAUCGCAGCGUCGUAUUAUAUUUGAAAUAUUAGCUACGCUCUUCUGGAGCUUCCUGAACUAUCUUCUUCCUUCGGUCUUCCUCAACUUUUACUGUGAACGUGGUGUACAACUUUUACGUAAAUAUUUAUAUUCCUUAAUCUGAACAACUCUAUUUUCCUCAGUGAUAUGGUGGUUACAGAGAUUUAAAUUCUAGGCAGUCAGAUUAUAUAUAUUCUUGGUAAUCGUGUGUGCUUGGUCUUGUAACAUACAAUUUUCAGGGACUAUACUGAUGAAACAUCUUUAAAGCUUAGAGAAACAUUUUCUGUUGCAAAAAAAUACAUUUUAAUUUAGAGUAAAAAAUCAAAUCUUUAUUACACCUAUUAUAGAUUGUGGCCAAUCAUGGCUAUGCAUACUGUACCGCCGAAACGCAAGGAAAUCUACAAAUACGAGGCACCAUGGCCACUCUAUAGUAUGAAUUGGUCAGUGAGACCCGACAAAAGGUUUCGUCUAGCAUUGGGAAGCUUUGUAGAGGAAUACAACAACAAAGUACAAAUUGUUUCACUGGACGAAGAGACAUCCGAAUUCAGUGCUAAGAGUACAUUUGAUCAUCCUUAUCCGACUACGAAAAUCAUGUGGAUACCGGACAGCAAAGGUCAAUUUCCCGAUCUUCUCGCCACAUCCGGCGAUUAUUUAAGAGUAUGGCGUGCGGCGGAGCCUGAAACUCGUUUGGAAUGUGUCUUGAAUAACAACAAGAACUCUGACUUCUGCGCGCCGCUCACAUCUUUCGACUGGAACGAGGUGGAUCCGAAUCUAAUCGGGACUUCCAGCAUAGACACAACUUGCACCAUCUGGGGAUUGGAAACGGGGCAGGUUCUGGGCAGGGUGAACAUGGUUACCGGUCACGUGAAGACGCAAUUGAUCGCACACGACAAGGAAGUAUACGAUAUUGCCUUCAGCCGUGCCGGCGGUGGUCGCGACAUGUUCGCCUCUGUCGGCGCCGAUGGAUCUGUGAGGAUGUUUGAUCUACGACAUUUGGAACACUCGACGAUAAUCUAUGAAGACCCGCAGCACACGCCGCUGUUACGACUGGCGUGGAACAAGCAGGAUCCCAAUUAUCUUGCCACUGUGGCGAUGGACGCGUGUGAAGUCAUCAUUCUGGACGUUCGCGUGCCAUGUACGCCAGUCGCAAGAUUGAACAAUCACAGGGCCAGCGUUAAUGGGAUAGCCUGGGCCCCGCAUUCAUCUUGUCACAUUUGCACCGCGGGCGACGAUCAUCAAGCUUUAAUCUGGGACAUACAGCAAAUGCCGAGAGCAAUAGAGGAUCCUAUACUUGCUUACACUGCUGCAGAAGGCGAGGUCAAUCAGAUUCAGUGGGGUGCUACGCAACCUGAUUGGAUAGCCAUUUGUUAUAACAAAGCGGCCGAGAUUCUUCGAGUAUAAAUGUCUUCGAAAUGCACUUGUUUUGUCUCGAGAUGUUCGAGAUUAGAAAUUCGAGUAGAUGUUACUAAAGUAAGAUUCUUUUUUUUUAUUAUUAAGGCCUUUUGUGCACAAUAGAAGAAUAUUAGAUAUUAGAAAUAGGAAUUAUAGUUUUAAAAUCAAUUUUCUCGAUGAACACUAUAGAUAAAUGAUGAAUUUAAUUUUGUUUCGCAUAACACAUUUACGUCUUAUUUAUAUUCAUUGUACGUUACAUUUAAUACUCAUUGGAGAAAUUGAUUCUAAAAUUUUAAUUUCCAUUCUUAAUCUUUCUCUAUUGUGCGCAGGGCAUAAAAAACACAAUGUGCAUCUUGCCCUGGAAAUAAUUAUAAAUCAUUUCCUUUGAUGCGUUUUGUAUUGUACAUAUGUUCAUAGAAAUAUUAUAAAAUUAAUAGUAUUCGGGAUCUCAAGAUUAUUUUGUAGUAUUAUUUUUCAAGAUUAUGGGUACUUAAUCAUAAUGUAUAAUUAAUUAAGCAUCAAUCAUUUUAAAUAUCAUUCUUAAAUUGUGUUAAAUAUGGACAAGAAAACAAUUUUACGAUUAUUAUUUACAGCGUUCAGAUUGGGUCUUCAAAUUGUAGCAUUAAUUAGUUCAUAGAAUAUGUGAUUGCAAUUUUUAGUAUGUAAUGUACAGAUUUUUAUAUAGAUGUAAAUUUUUUAUAUAUAAAGAUAUAUAUUACACACCGUAUGAAUAUCAAGAUACCAUGUAGUCGAUUAUUGAUAGGAUACUACACAAUUUGAUUUUAUCAUGUAACAUCCAUUGAUAUAAUUUAAAAUAUAUUACAAUAUUAGAAUUGAUAUUUAUGGGAAGGUAUAUCAAUAAUUAAUAAGACUACAAAUCAGAAGAAACGAUUACAUACUCAUAUAUUGUUAUAUGAGAUAUCAUAUGAUUUACAAAUAUGAAUGAAAUGCAGUUAUUUACAGCGAUGACUUUGCGUGCAUAUGAGUCUACUAAUUCAUUAGUAUAAAAUAAACAUGCAGAAUUCAUUCCUACAUUUUGAUUUACAUUGAUAUUGCCACUACAUUUAUAUAUAUACGAUUUUUUUUAAAUGUGUAAUCUCAAUAAAUAUCAUUAGCUCUGA